GAUCCAAAGAAGCUUAAACAGAGUUAAGAUGGCGGCAUGUGGAUGAGGAGGUUGUAUAUUUCAGCUCUUCGGUUGCUUUCGGCGAAGAAAACACACAUUCUCAAACCUUACCCCUAAAGAAAAGAGAAAAGCCCGCCACAAAAUCAUUUACCCGGGACCGAGCCCAUGACGUCCAUUCACUUCGUGGUUCACCCGUUACCCGGGACCGAAGACCAGCUAAAUGACAGGCUCCGUGAAGUGUCGGAAAAGCUCAACAAAUACAACUGUAACAGUCAUCCACACCUUAUUCCAUUGGAGCAGGCCAAACUUAAGCAGUGCGUGGUUGGUCCAAAUCAUGCUGGAUUUCUCCUUGAGGAUGGACGUAUCUGCAGGAUAAACUUUGCCGUCCAGCCUGACCGACUGGAGCUUGGCAAGCCCGAUGGCAAUGAUGGUUCAAAGUUGAGCAGUGUCUCAGGGGCAGGAAGGAGCUCCAGGCCAGGCAGGACUAGUGAUCCGCCCUGGUUCCUGUCUGGUUCUGACACACUGGGCAGACUGGCAGGCAACACCCUUGGGAGCCGCUGGAGUUCAGGAGUAAAUGGUGGCAGCAGUGGAGGCGGAGGCAGCAGCGGCGGAGGCACAGGAGGAGGCAGCGGUAGUGGAGGGGGCAGUGGAGGAGGUGCUGGAGGAGGAGGAUCUUCAGGCCGGUCCUCCACAGCAGCCCGUGAUUCACGCAGACAGACCCGCGUGAUCCGCACUGGCAGAGAUCGAGGCUCCGGCCUGCUGGGCAGUCAGCCACAGCCCGUAAUUCCAGCCUCCGUCAUCCCAGAGGAGCUCAUCUCUCAGGCCCAGGUGGUUCUUCAGGGAAAGUCCAGGAGUGUCAUUAUUCGAGAGCUGCAGCGUACAAACCUUGACGUGAACUUGGCUGUAAACAACCUGCUGAGCAGAGACGAUGAGGACGGCGAUGACGGCGACGACACGGCCAGCGAGUCCUACUUACCUGGAGAAGACUUGAUGUCACUGCUGGACGCGGACAUUCACUCUGCUCACCCCAGCGUGAUCAUUGACGCGGACGCCAUGUUCUCUGAAGACAUCAGCUACUUCGGCUACCCCUCUUUUCGACGCUCUUCCUUGUCUCGUCUCGGCUCUUCACGAGUUCUCCUUCUCCCCUUAGAGCGAGAUUCUGAAUUGCUUCGCGAGCGGGAGUCGGUCCUGAGGCUGCGUGAGAGGAGGUGGCUGGAUGGAGCCUCCUUCGAUGCGGAGCGUGGCUCCACCAGCCGCGAGGGAGAGCCCAGCCUUGACAAGAAGAGCGUGCCUCUGCAGAGCCCUGUCACUCUGGGUGAAGAACUCCAGUGGUGGCCUGAUAAGGACUAUGUAACAAAGUUUGUCAGCAUUGGGGCUUUGUACUCUGAGAUGGUUGCCAUCAGUACCAAAGGAGAACUGUACCAGUGGAAGUGGAAUGAGCCUGAACCUUACAGAAACGCACAAAAUCCUUCUAUACAUCACCCUCGUGUCCCUUUCCUGGGCUUGACCAAUGAAAAGAUCACCCACUUGUCUGCCAACAGUAUCCGAGCCACUGUGGCCACUGAAAGUAACAAGGUGGCGACAUGGGUGGAUGAAACUCUGAGCACUGUUGCUGCUAAACUAGAACAUGGCGCACAAACGUUCCCGGAGCUGCAGGGAGAGCGUAUCAUCUCUCUGCACUGCUGUGCCCUGUACACCUGCGCCCAGCUGGAGAGCAGCCUUUACUGGUGGGGUGUUGUGCCUUUUAGUCAGCGGAAAAAGAUGCUUGAAAAGGCCAGAGCCAAGAACAAGAAGCCAAAGUCCAGUGCAGGCAUCUCUUCUAUACCCAACAUCACAGUAGGAACUCAGGUGUGCCUGAGGAAUAACCCCCUAUAUCACGCUGGUGCUGUGGCCUUCUCCGUUAACGCCGGGAUCCCUAAAGUGGGCGUUCUGCUGGAGUCCGUGUGGAACAUGAAUGACAGCUGCCGCUUCCAGCUCCGCUCGCCCGAGAGCCUGAAGAACAUGGAGAAGAACACCAAGACACAGGAGAUCAAGACGGAGAGCAAGCCAGAGCUGGUGAAGACUGAAAUGGGCCCUCCACCCUCACCAGCGUCCACAUGCAGUGACACUUCCUCCAUCGCCAGCAGUGCUUCUCUGCCCUACAAGCGAAGGCGCUCAACGCCGGCUCCAAAGGAGGAGGAGAAAGUCAAUGAGGAGCAGUGGCCUCUACGAGAGGUCGUUUUCGUGGAGGACGUUAAAAACGUCCCUGUGGGCAAGGUGCUAAAAGUCGAUGGUGCAUAUGUUGCUGUGAAAUUUCCAGGGACGUCGAGCAGCGUGAGCAGCCAGAGCGCAGCUCCCACUGACUCUGACCCCUCCUCACUGCUGCAAGACUGUCGACUGCUCAGAAUAGAUGAGCUACAGGUUGUUAAAACUGGUGGAACGCCAAAAGUUCCAGACUGUUUUCAGCGCACACCUAAAAAAUUAUGUAUCCCAGAAAAAGCUGAAAUUUUAGCUGUGAAUGUUGACUCCAAAGGAGUUCAUGCUGUGUUGAAAACAGGCAGCUGGGUACGGUACUGUGUCUUUGACCUGGCCACCGGCAAAGCCGAGCAGGAGAAUCACUUCCCCACUAGUAAUCUGGCCUUUCUGGGCCAGAGUGAGCGUAACGUGGCCAUCUUUACUGCUGGCCAGGAGAGCCCAAUCAUUUUGAGGGAUGGUAACGGCACCAUUUAUCCCAUGGCUAAAGACUGUAUGGGUGGAAUACGUGACCCUGAUUGGCUAGACCUCCCGCCUAUUGCCAGUCUAGGCAUGGGAGUUCAUUCGCUUGUCAACCUUCCCAGUAACUCCACAAUCAAAAAGAAAGCAGCUAUCAUAAUCAUGGCUGUGGAGAAGCAGACACUGAUGCAGCACGUGUUGCGCUGUGAUUACGAGGCGUGCAGGCAGUACCUGAUCAGUCUGGAGCAGGCCAUGCUGCUGGAGCAGAACCCUCACGCUCUGGACACUCUGCUGGGUCACCGCUGUGACGGCAACCGCAAUGUCCUCCACGCCUGCGUCUCCGUCUGCUUCCCCGUCAGCAACAAGGAAACCAAGGAGGAGGAAGAAGCAGAGCGGUCUGAAAGGAACACGUUCGCUGAGAGGCUGUCCGCCGUCGAGGCCAUCGCCAAUGCUAUUUCAGUGGUGUCCAGCAACAGCUCCGGGAACCGCACGGGAUCGUCCAGCAGCCGGGGCUUGCGUUUGAGGGAGAUGAUGAGACGCUCCCUCCGCGCUGCAGGUUUGGGCCGCCACGAAUCUGGCCCUUCCUCCAGUGACCACCAAGACCCAGUUUCACCCCCUAUUGCACCUCCCAGCUGGGUACCAGACCCUCCACCAAUGGAUCCUGACGGUGACAUUGAUUUCAUCUUGGCCCCUGCAGUGGGCUCCCUUACCACUGCUUCCACAGGCACUAACCAGGGACCCAGUACUUCCACCAUCCCAGGACCUUCUUCUGAACCAUCAGUAGUGGAAUCUAAAGACCGAAAGGCCAACGCACACCUGAUACUGAAGCUAAUGUGUGACAGCGUCGUCCUGCGACCUCACUUAAGAGAGCUGCUCUCUGCCAAGGAUGCUCGUGGAAUGACUCCAUUCAUGUUGGCGGUGAGCGGGAGAGCUUACCCAGCAGCCAUUACUGUUUUAGAAGCAGCACAGAAAAUAACCAAAGGUGAACCGGGUCUUGGAGAGAAAGAGGAUGCAGCGUCUGUGUUCAUGGAGAUGAUCUGUCCUUCAGGAACAAACCCAGAUGACUCUCCCCUCUACGUCCUGUGCUGUAACGAUACCUGCAGCUUCACCUGGACUGGAGCUGAACACAUCAACCAGGACAUCUUUGAGUGCAGAACUUGCGGCCUGCUGGAGUCUCUGUGCUGCUGCACUGAAUGCGCCAGAGUUUGUCACAAGGGUCACGACUGCAAAUUAAAGCGAACGUCUCCCACUGCAUACUGUGACUGCUGGGAGAAGUGUAAAUGCAAGACCCUCAUCGCGGGCCAGAAAGCAGCUCGUUUAGAUCUACUCUACAGACUGCUGACCACCACUAAUCUAGUUACCACUCCUAACAGCAGGGGAGAGCACAUCUUGCUAUUCCUGGUGCAGACUGUUGCAAGGCAGAGCGUGGAGCAUUGCCAGUAUCGACCACCUCGCAUACGAGAGGACAGGAACCGGAAGGCCGCCAGCGCUGAAGACUCGGAUAUGCCGGAUCAUGACCUGGAGCCUCCUCGCUUUGCGCAGCUGGCUCUAGAGCGCGUGUUGCAGGACUGGAACGCGCUGAAAUCCAUGAUCAUGUUCGGCUCUCAGGAAAACAAAGACCCACUAAGUGCCAGCAGCAGAAUCGCUCACCUUUUGCCAGAGGAGCAGAUGUACCUGAACCAGCAGAGCGGCACCAUCAGGCUGGACUGUUUCACACAUUGCCUCAUCGUCAAGUGUGCGCCGGACAUCACCUUUAUUGACACGCUGUUGGGGACCUUGGUGAAGGAGCUGCAGAAUAAAUACACUCCCGGCCGCAGGGAGGAGGCCAUCAAUGUCACGCGCAGGUUCCUGCGCUCUGUGGCCCGAGUGUUUGUCAUCCUCAGUGUGGAGAUGGCGUCUUCCAAGAAGAAAAAUAACUUCAUCCCGCAGCCCAUCGGGAAGUGCAGGCGUGUUUUCCAGGCUCUGUUGCCGUACGCAGUGGAAGAGCUCUGCAAUGUGGCCGAAUCCCUGAUCGUGCCGGUGCGGAUGGGCAUCGCUCGGCCUACAGCGCCCUUCACUCUGGCCAGUACCAGCAUCGACGCCGUACAGGGCAGCGAGGAGCUCUUCUCUGUGGAGCCCCUGCCGCCAAGACCCUCCCCGGAUCAGUCCAGCAGCUCCAGUCAGUCGGCCUCUUCUUACAUUAUCAGGAACCCUCAGCCCCGCCGCAGCAGCCAGUCCCAAACGGCCCGUGGCCGCGACGAGGAGCAAGAUGAUAUUGUUUCUGCUGACGUAGAAGAGGUGGAGGUUGUGGAGGGCGUUGCAGGUGAGGAGGAUCACCAUGAUGACCAGGAGGAACAGGGCGAGGAGAACGCAGAGGCCGAAGGGCAGCAUGAUGAGCACGAUGAAGAUGGGAGCGACAUGGAGCUGGAUUUAUUGGCUGCUGCUGAGACCGAGAGUGACAGCGAGAGUAACCAUAGCAACCAAGACAACGCCAGCGGCCGCAGGAGCGUUGUGACCGCCGCCACCGCUGGAUCUGAAGCAGGUGCCAGCAGCGUUCCUGCUUUCUUCUCUGAGGACGACUCCCAGUCGAAUGACUCCAGUGACUCGGACAGCAGCAGCAGUCAGAGUGACGAUGUGGAUCAGGAGACUUUCCUGUUGGACGAGCCUCUAGAGAGAACCACGGGCUCAGCGCAUGCUAACAGUGCGGCCCAGGCGCCGCGCUCCAUGCAGUGGGCUGUUCGCACGACACCCAGCCAGCGCUCCGCCGGCGGCGCCCCGUCCAGCUCAUCCACACCUGCUGCGAGCUCUACGGGUCUCAUCUACAUCGAUCCUUCAAACCUGCGACGGAGCAGCGCCAUCAGCACGAGCGCAGCAGCCGCCGCCGCAGCCCUGGAGGCCAGUAACUCCAGCAGCUACCUGACAUCCGCCAGCAGCCUGGCUCGAGCCUACAGCAUCGUCAUCCGCCAGAUCUCCGACCUCAUGAGCCUCAUACCUAAAUACAACCACCUGGUGUACUCGCAGUACCCCGCUGCCGUCAAACUCACCUAUCAGGACGCGGUCAAUCUGCAGAACUUUGUGGAGGAUAAGUUGAUCCCCACCUGGAACUGGAUGGUGUCCAUCAUGGAUUCCACUGAAGCGCAGCUUCGUUACGGCUCCGCUCUGUCAUCAGCCGGGGAUCCUGGUCACCCGAGCCACCCGCUGCACGCUUCACAGCACGCAGGUCGCAGGGAGCGCAUGACUGCGCGAGAGGAGGCCAGUCUCCGCACCCUUGAAGGUCGAAGACGCGCCGCAACACUUUUGACGGCUCGUCAGGGGAUGAUGUCGGCUCGAGGAGACUUCCUGAACUACGCUCUGUCUCUGAUGCGUUCCCAUAAUGACGAGCAUUCGGACGUUCUGCCUGUGCUGGACGUAUGUUCGCUCAAACAUGUGGCAUAUGUCUUCCAGGCCCUCAUCUACUGGAUUAAAGCCAUGAAUCUGCAGACAACACUCGACACCACUCAGAUUGACAGGAAGAGGAAUCGUGAGCUGCUGGAGCUCGGCCUGGACAAUGAGGACUCUGAGCACGAGAACGAUGAGGACACCAAUCAAAGCUCCACCCUGCAGGACAAGGACGAGGAGUCGGUCCCUGCUGAGACUGGACAGCACCAUCCGUUUUUCCGCCGCUCGGACUCCAUGACCUUCCUGGGAUGCAUCCCUCCCAACCCUUUCGAAGUGCCCCUCGCCGAGGCCAUUCCUCUGGCUGACCAGCCGCAUCUCCUGCAGCCCAAUGCCAGAAAAGAGGACUUGUUUGGACGACCAAGUCAGGGUCUGUAUUCGUCUUCGUACAUGGCCAGUAAAGGCCUGACGGAUCUGACUGUGGACAUGAAUUGCUUGCAGAUUCUACCCACAAAGAUGUCGUAUUCGGCGAACAUGAAGAACGUGAUGAGUAUGGAGUCUCGGCAGAGGGGUGGCGAGGAGCAGCCGGCUGCGGAGCAGGACAUGGAUGCAUCCAAACCAGGCCCUUCACCUCACGAUCUGGCGGCCCAGUUAAAGAGCAGCCUUCUCGCAGAGAUUGGUUUGACAGAGAGCGACGGCCCGCCUCUUCCCACAUUUAUUCCACACUGUAGCUUUAUGGGGAUGGUGAUCUCUCACGAUAUGUUGCUGGGCCGCUGGCGGCUUUCUCUGGAGCUGUUUGGCCGGGUCUUCAUGGAGGACGUGGGAGCAGAACCGGGAUCUAUCCUGACCGAACUGGGUGGUUUUGAGGUGAAGGAGUCCAAGUUCCGGCGUGAGAUGGAGAAGCUGAGGAACCUGCAGUCACGUGAUCUGGCUCUGGAGGUGGACCGCGACCGGGAGCAGCUCAUCCAGCAGACCAUGCGCCAGAUCAACGCUCACUUCGGCCGCCGCUGCACCACUACGCCCAUGGCUGUGCACCGCGUAAAAGUGACUUUCAAGGAUGAACCUGGAGAGGGCAGUGGAGUGGCGCGGAGCUUUUACACGGCUAUCGCACAGGCCUUCCUCUCCAACGACAAGCUGCCCAAUCUGGACUGCGUACAGAGUGUUAGCAAGGGAAUGCAGGCUAGCAAUCUUAUGCAGCGGCUGAGGAACCGAGACCGUGAGCGUGAGAGGAGGAGCGGAGGCCUGAGAGCUGCAUCCAGACGAGACCGUGACAGGUGGCUUUACCUGAACCUCUCUACUGAGCGAUAUAUAUCAUAUUCAUGGGACUCAAGGAGACAGCUGUCAAUCGACACACGGCCGUUCAGACCUGCAUCAGAAGGGAACCCGAGUGAUGAACCGGAGCCGCUGCCAGCUCACAGACAAGCUCUAGGAGAGAGACUUUAUCCGCGAGUGCAUGCCAUGCAGCCGGCAUUUGCCAGUAAAAUCACAGGGAUGCUGCUGGAGCUCUCUCCUGCUCAGCUGCUGCUGCUCCUGGCCAGUGAGGACUCGCUCAGAGCCCGUGUGGAAGAGGCCAUGGAGCUCCUCAUAACUCACGGAAGGGAAAAUGGUGCUGACAGUAUACUGGACCUUGGCCUUCUUGACACUCCUGAAAAAGCACAGCAGGAGAACCGAAAGAGGCACGGUUCGACCCGCAGUGUGGUGGACAUGGAGCUGGACGACCCAGAUGACGGGGACGAUAACGCUCCUCUGUUUUACCAACCCGGCAAGAGGGGUUUUUACUCGCCCCGUCCAGGCAAGAACACAGAGGCCAGGCUCAACUGCUUCCGUAACAUCGGCAGGAUACUUGGCUUAUGUCUGCUCCAGAAUGAACUCUGCCCCAUCACACUCAACAGACACGUCAUCAAGGUGUUGCUUGGCAGGAAGGUUAACUGGCACGACUUUGCGUUCUUUGACCCGGUGAUGUACGAGAGUUUGCGGCAGCUGAUCCGUCACUCUCAAACCGAGGAGGCGGAGGCUGUGUUUGCAGCGAUGGACCUCGCCUUCGCUAUCGACCUCUGCAAGGAGGAAGGAUCUGGACAGGUGGAGCUCCUGGCCGGCGGGGUCAACAUGCCUGUGACGCCUCUGAACGUGUAUGAGUACGUGAGGAGAUACGCAGAGCACCGGAUGCUGGUGGUGGCAGAACAGCCUCUGCAUGCAAUGCGGAAGGGUCUUCUGGAUGUGCUUCCAAAGAACGCUCUGGAGGACCUGACGGCUGAGGACUUCAGACUGCUGGUCAACGGCUGUGGAGAAGUCAACGUCCAGAUGCUCAUUAGUUUCACCUCUUUCAAUGAUGAGUCAGGUGAGAAUGCAGAGAAGCUGCUGCAGUUCAAGCGCUGGUUCUGGUCCAUCGUUGAGAAGAUGAGCAUGACAGAGCGGCAGGACCUGGUGUACUUCUGGACGUCCAGCCCGUCUCUGCCGGCCAGUGAAGAAGGAUUCCAGCCCAUGCCCUCCAUCACCAUCCGGCCGCCGGACGACCAGCACCUGCCCACCGCCAACACCUGCAUCUCUCGCCUCUACGUGCCACUUUACUCUUCCAAACAGAUUCUCAAACAGAAACUUUUACUAGCCAUCAAGACCAAGAACUUCGGUUUUGUGUAGUCGAACGAAACCCGUUUAAUCGUUGUGUAAUAUUACUAGUUCCAUUUUUGUAGAUUUAUUUUUUGUCUAUACAAUUUUAUGAAAUUUAAAAAGUUCUGUCGCAUCCCUGGCAGUCUUUUUUUUUUUUUUUUUUUUUUUGGUCUGCGUUGCAAACGUUGGACAGCUUGUUCUUCUUUUUUUUUCUUUUUUUAUUUCCGUUAUCCGAGUAUAACGCAACAUUCCUGCAUUGGCUUUUGUAAAGUUGAAGCCUGCAGCUCCAUUGGCUUGAACUGUAACUUCCCGUGACUUUGGUCUGACGGUAAACUGUCCGCCAAACCCAGCCAAAGAUGACAGCAGGAGUAUUUAAAGAAAAAGAAAGCUUACACUGUGAUUUAUGUUUUUUUUCCUGCCCUAAACAUAAAUAUUACUAUCACUGAGAGUUCACUGCUGCCUUUGUGGAAAGUCAUUUUUUCUUGUAUAGAGGGAGUAGGGAAUUUCAAAAAUAAACUUGGAUGCAAACUA